AUGCCUAACCCGAUGGGAUGCACGAUGCCUUAUCCGAUGCACCCAUUGAGUACACAAUCGGGUGACUACUCAGAACUCUUCCCUCCGCCUUACCAGAUGCCAUACACGAUGUCGUAUACGAGGCACCCUGCGAGUGGCUAUACGGGUAUCGGUUGUGGUGAUGGCUCCCGUACUGGAGGAGACGGGACUGGUGGUGGCGGGGAGGGAGAUGGCGGUGGCGGAGUAGGGUUUGGUGGUGGUGAUGGGGAUUGUGUCGAGGGAGAAGAUGAAUUAGAGUGGGUCAUGGGAUUAAGAGAUGUAGGUGGGCUUAUUGGAUGUGUUUCGGAUGGAUGGUGUGGGCUUGGGAUUGUUAAUGGGCUUGGUAUUGGUAACAGGCCUGGUGUAGGUUGGGAGCCCAAUAGAGUUUCAGAAAUACGUACAUGUGAUUGUCGUGGAGACGUUGACGGAGGGUUAAGGUCAGAGCCGGGGGUGCCGGAGAUGAGUGGAGGAGUGGCGAUAGAGUGA